AUGGGCAUGCGCAACUGCCUCCACGGCAAUAAUAUGUCAGGACAACACAAUAUCCCCCCUGAAGACGGCGAACAGCCCGAGCAAGAACCUUUGGAAGCCCCAGGGGCCGCUGCCCCCGGUGCUGGGCCUGGCCCAGCCGAAGAGAUGGAAACCCAAUCGCCUCCCGAUGAGCCCGUCCCCAUCCAGGUCAAUGGCGACGCCAGCGGACCCCCAGAUGUCCCCGGGGCCCACCACCAGGGCCUCAGCCCGGCCUUCGAGGAAGCCGGAGCCGACGGGGGCUACAGCCCACCUCCUGAAGAAGCCAUGCCCUUUGAGGUGGAGCAGCCCACCAUGGGAGGCUUCUGGCCCGACCUGGAGAAGUCUGGACCCCCUGGGACCGGAGCAGGUCUCGAGGCCAGCGGCCUGGCGCCCGUGGAGCCCGGAGCCCUGGCUGGGGCGACGCCGGGCAUGGGAGGAUACAGCCCUCCACCAGAAGAAGCCAUGCCGUUCGAGUUUGACCAGCCUGCCCCGGGAGGCGGCGGCCAGCCUCUCCUGCAGGUCGCAGACCUUGCUCCCGGCGGGCCAGGGGUCCCCGGAGCACCUCCCGCGGAGCCCCGAGUCAUCGGGCCUGCGAGCGCCGCCUUCGGGGGAGACCACAGCCCUCCCCCCGAGGAGGCGAUGCCAUUUGAGCUGGAUGGAGAAGCCUCUGGAAACGACCAUCCACCCCCUGGGCUCCCCGGAGCCAGCCCACCGGGCACCGGCGGCGGCCUCCUGCAGGCCAUCGCGGUCCCGAGGGCGCUCUGCCUCGCUCCCGCCGCGAGCGCGCCUCCUCCCCGGGUGUGGGGCGCCGUCGGCAGCCCAUCCCGAGAGGCAGGCAGCGCUCUUCCCGACGACCAGCGCGCGAGCCCCCCGAUGGAGCUCAGCGGACCCCCACUUGAGAUCGGCAGCGCCCCCGUUGGGGUCGACGACGCUCCUGUCAACACAGACAGCCCCCCAAUCGCCGCUGACGGCCCGCCCAUCGGAAUCGCGGGAGCCCCAGAUAAGAGUGCGCGAGCGCAGAGACCCCCAGUCGAGGGAGAGGCAGCGGAGAUGGAAGGACGCGCAGCCUCCGCCGCCGCGGAGGAAGGAGACGGCCCCCCUCCAGGGGACGGAUCCCCUGCCGGCGCCGGAGGAGCCCCAGUCCACCCCGAAGUGGCGGCCGCCCCUGCGAGCGCCGCCGAGCCGGACGCCGGAGGAGCCCCGGCCGCCCCGGCUGAGCCCGAUGUCGGAGCCGGAGGAGUCCCCGCUGCCGAAGCCGAGCCCGAAGCCCGAGGAGCCCCCGCUGCCGCCCGGGCCGCCGAUGCCGGAGCCCGCGGAGGCCCGGCCGCGCCCGCAGAUCCUGGCCAGCGGGCAGCCCCUGCCGCUCGAGCCGAUCGCCGUGCUCAGGGCGCCCCUGCCGCCCGAGCCGAUCCCGAAGGCGCCGGGGCAGCCCCGGCCGCAGCCGAGCCUCCGGCGGCAAGGGCGGCCCCCGUCGCCACGGCCAAUCCGGGCGCCCGGGGAGCCCGAGUCGCCCCGGCCGCUCUCGCUUCCGCGCCCGCUCCCGCGGCCCGGCCGCCGACUGCCAUCCGCUCAGCCUCCGCAGGCCCGGCCCCCGGGAUCAUCCGCACCGCCUUCGCGUCCCCUACCUCUGUGGGGCCCCGAAGCCUCCAUCUCCUUAGACCCCCCAGCCCCGAGAUCCAGGCUGCUGACCCGCCUACUCCGCGGCCUACUCGGGCGAGCAGCGCCUGGCGGGGCAAAUCGGAGCGCGGCCGAGCCCGGGUCAGGUACCUCGAGCAGUAUCUCAGCGACUCCUCCAGCGAGGAGUCGGAGCAAAAAACCUUCGGCUGCUUCCAGUGGUGGCCCCACCGCAGCCGGCAGCCCCGCAAGACGGCCCCCGAGCGCAACUUACUCCGCAACUUCCUCGUGCAAUCUUUCGGAACCUGCUUCUGCGGCUGCGAGAACCCCGAGCACGGAACCGGGAGCCCCAGCCGGCCCCGGGAUGAGCUGGUGGAAGAGAGGCUCCGCCAGAUGCGCAAAGAAGCCUUGGAGCUGCGCACCAAGAGGCUCGACCCGCUGCGCGCCGGGCGCCUCGAACGCCAACUCCAGGAGGAAAAGACGGAUUAUAUGUGUACGCGCUGCUUCUAGGUAAUAGGGUGAAAAGUGGUGCCGAGCGACAUUGAGGGUCGUUACCGGCUGGAGGCCAGCGCCAGCGCCAGCCGCCGUAAGCUGGACAGGCGAGGGCUUCAGGUGAGCGAGGAACCGCCGGGAGGGGCCGGGGCUCCCCGUGGCUACGUUGGCUGGGGCCGCGGUGGGCUGGGGGCAUGGGGGGCCGCGCCCCCGCCUCGCCUGGCACGGCUGCUUGGACUCGGCUUGUGCGUUUCCUCACUUCUCAUUCGUUCGCCAAACCCUCCCGCCUUUUCCGUUGAAAAACCAGACCCACAGCUCUCAUCGGCCCCUCCCCUCACCUCACAGCAAGGACCCCCACCCCCCUCCACACUCAAACCUGGGGACCUUAACUCUUCUGGGCACAGUCAGAGCAUCAGUGAACAGCAGUCUGCCUAUUCUAUUCUCUGA